CACAUACUUCGUUCUAAAUCAGCUCAACAGAUGUUAUCAAGUGUCAUAAGUAGAAAAUAAUCAAAAUUCAGUUUGACUUCUGUACAAUGUGGGGACUUUUCUUGUUCGUUUUACUGAUAUUACGAAGUGAAGUUUGCUCUAAUGACCAUCCCACUGGUCAUGGAAAGCCUAUAGGUAGCCAUCGCCCUCCUAUAAAGUCAGUAGAAGAGAGAGAAACGUUUCCUUCUCCGAAAGAAAUGUUUGAAAAUUACGUAAAAGCUAGUAAACCUGUUAUUUUCCGAGGCAUCCUAGAGAAAGGAAUGCUACCUGCGUACAAACGCUGGACAGACUCCUACUUAAGAGAACAUUUUGGAACAGAAAAUGUCGAUGUAGAACGCGGUAAAAAGGAGGAUAGAGGAGGAAACAUGCUAAGCAUUACUAUGUCUGACUUCUUAGAUCGAUACCAAAAGGAAGACAUUUAUAUGGUUAAUGACGCCUCCGAGGAAAUGGCCAAGGAAAUAAACAUGCCCUCCAUGUUCCUGUGUGGGGGCUUCCAGAAAGUUGUACAGAAUGUGAUCAUGUGGUUCAGUAGCGGAGGAACAAAGUCAGUAUUACACAACGACGGAUUGGACAACGUUAACUGUCUCAUUGACGGCGAGAAAUACUUCGUCAUGAUCGACAAGAAACACAAGGCGGAGGUGGAGGGCGAUGGUUGGACUGAAAAUGGCGCUUACAGUAAAGUGGAUGUGGAAAAAGUGGAUCUUUAUCGAUUUCCUAAACUGCGUGAUUUACCGUGGUAUGAAAUCAAAAUGCAAAAAGGAGACUGUCUUUUCAUCCCAUACAAAUGGUACCAUCAUGUAGACUCCAAAAAGGGUAGAAACUUUGCUAUAAACAUUUGGCUACAUCACCUCACUAAAUUCAACGACAGUGAUUGUAACAUAACCAACCCUGACGAAAAGAGCUUUGUUUCCGUGUCUGCAUUCAGGAAGGACGCGAGCGUCACAGAUUUUAGGGACUUUUUGAUGGCUGAAGUAGAAGAGUUAGAAUCUAUGGAUUGGCAGAAGUUUAAAAACUUAAUGAAUUCGGCACAAAUAAAAAAAGAGGAAAUUGAAAAGCUAUUUAGACUUCUUGAUGCUGAUGAAGAUGGAAAGAUAACAGAAUACGAAGUGGAAAUGGCGGAUAUGGAAAAGGCUUUGUUAGAGAUUCCCACAAUACGUAAACUCCUGGAUGGAGAGAGUGGAUACAGGGAAGAAGGAGAAGACUCUGAGGAGCCAGAGGAACAUCGUCGCUUCAGGGAGGAAACUGUGUCCCCGACUGACGACUCUAAUGUAGACGAAGAAAUCAAAAAACGACUUGGGGAUUUUAGUAGCUCGCCUAAACAAAUAUUGGAGAAAAAAGAGGAGCUUUGAUGUCAUAAUCACAAUUUAUUAUUUACAUUUUCAAAUCUGCCAUCUGAAAUUCUAAUUUUUCGCAAUACUUUGUUUUUUCUAGAAAAAUGAUUUUUUUAACAGCUGUUUAGCCUUAUAAAUGAAAUUCUGACAGAAAGCAGCGCUAUUGUUAUCAAAGCUUUGUGGUGAAUUGUAAAUCUUGUAACCUACAUAUGUUGGUUACAUUAAUUGUAAAAUGAGUAUAGUUUUGUGUUUUGACUCUUUUUUUCUUAUCCAUUCCAAGUUUUCAGCCUUUUUCUGUUCUCAAUGUUUAGAUAGCUUAACUUAAUAAAAUAUUUUAAUAUGAUUAUAUACAUGUACCUCUUGAUAAAUGAAACUUUGUAAUUUGUCUCAAAAUAAGAGUUCACGAAUUCGUCGAUUUUAAUUUAAACUAUAUAUGUAGGCUUGAUCUGAACUUGACAAAUAUUAGCCUUGAAGUUCUUAUUCUUCUGAAUGUCAAUAUAUUUGUCAUUAAAAUUUGUGUAUUGUA